AUGAAGCUUCGCGUGCGGCUGCAGAAGCGAACGGCGCCGCUGGAGCUGGAGGGGGCGGAGCCAACGCUGGGGGAGCUGCGCGCGCAGCUCCGCCGGGCCCUGCUACCCGCCUGGGGCUACAGUUGUGAUACAGAGUUUUCAGUAACAUUGAAUGGCAAGGAUGCUCUUACAGAAGAUGAGAAGACUUUAGCUUCAUAUGGGAUUGUUCCUGGUGAUUUGAUAUGUUUAUUACUAGAAGAAACAGACGCCAAAUCCAGCCUACCUCCUGCCUCAUCUUCAAGUCCUCCCUCACUUCAGAAUGGUCGUGAGACAUCCACCUUGACUCCCAAAAGUCCAGCUGACAGUCCAAAAGAAGAAAGGCAGAAUGAACAGUCUGACAACCAGAAAGCUCAAGUGGAAGCUCAGAAGAGUGACAGUAGGGCAGGAUCCAGCCUAGAAUUUCCUUCUGGAUUAGUCCCAGAAGAUGCUGAUCUGGAUGAAGGUGCCGGUUCCUAUCCUUCCGAACCUAUGCUGUGCAGUGAGGCUGCUGACGGAGAGAUUCCGCAUUCCUUAGAGGUGCUCUACCUUUCUGCUGAGUGUACCAGUGCCACUGAUGCCUUGAUUGUCCUAGUACAUCUUCUCAUGAUGGAGACAGGCUAUGUACCUCAGGGGACAGAAGCCAAGGCAGUGUCUAUGCCAGAGAAAUGGAGAGGGAAUGGUGUUUACAAGCUACAGUACACGCAUCCCCUUUGCGAAGAGGGUUCUGCUGGUUUGACUUGUGUGCCUUUGGGAGAUCUUGUUGUUAUUAAUGCAACAUUAAAAAUCAACAGAGAGAUUAAAGGUGUGAAGAGAAUACAGCUGCUGCCAGCAUCCUUUGUUUGCUUUCAGGAACCAGAAAAGGUUGCGGGUGUUUACAAAGACCUUCAGAAAUUAUCUCGUCUCUUUAAAGACCAGCUGGUUUACUCUCUUCUGGCUGCUGCCCGACAAGCUCUGAACUUGCCAGAUGUUUUUGGGUUAGUGGUCCUCCCUCUUGAGCUGAAGCUUCGGAUUUUUAGACUUCUGGAUGUCCGUUCACUCAUCUCUCUGUCUGCUGUUUGCCGUGAUCUUUAUGCAGCUUCAAAUGAUCAGCUUCUGUGGAGGUUUAUGUAUCUGCGAGAUUUCAGAGAUCCCAUUGCAAGGCCUCGUGACACUGACUGGAAAGAACUAUACAAGAAAAAGUUGAAACAGAAGAAGGAGGCCUUGAGAUGGAGGCACAUGUUUCUGCCCCCUACACCUCAUCCAAUUCCCUUUCAUCCCAACCCAUUUUAUCCUAGUCCCUUUCCUCCCAACCCAUUCCCAUCAAACCCAAUCUAUCCCCCCAUGAUCAUUGGAGAAUAUAGUGAGAGACCAACGCUUCUGUAUAUUGGAGACCCAAUUAAUUCACUCAUUCCUGGCCCAGGGGAAGCACCAGGCCAGUUUCCUCCAUUCAGACCACAUUUUGACCCCAUUGGUUCCUUGCCUGAGGCAAACCCUACGCUUCCAGGACGAGCUGGUCCCAAUGACAGGUUUCCACCUAGACCCAGCCGGGGCCGCCCCACGGACGUUCGCCGUGCAUUCAUUUGAUUGCUGUUUUCUCCCUCAGUGGAUUUUCUAGUUCCUGAGCUUGCUUUCUAACUGCAGGACGUUGUAAAACCCAGGCACUAACAUCUGCCUUCUCUUCAGAUUGUGGCAAGAACUUGUUUGCAUGGUAAUGUUUUGAUCCCAGAGUUAGGGUUUGUUAGUGUUCUGAUAGUAGUGCUGUACCAGGCACUAAGGUCUCUUUCAAGAUGGGCUAUGACUUACAAUACAUGUUGUUCCCCUCCCACCUCUCCUCUUUAAUCACCUGUGCUACUUAGAGACUAGAAGGAUACUAAGUAUUUGCUGCAUCAGAUAAAGAGCACUUUAAAUACAAAUCCUAUCUUUUUCUGUCUUAUUUGAAGAGUUUUAUUAAUUUGCCAGGAAAAAAAUAGUUUGUUUCAAAUCUACCUGGCUAAUAAUUUUUCUUAACAAAAAAUCUACCACAUCCCAGAUAGAAUAGGGUACUACCACUGCUGUGGUAGGUGUGUUUCCAUAGGUUUUUUCAGAGAUUGCAUUUUCCUUUUUUUGUUAGGUAAAAAGUAUUUUUAUGUUGUUACUUAAUACACAAAGAAUACAGGGAAGGGAUUUUUUGUUUUAAGUGGAAAUAUUAGAACGCAAAUCAGUUCAUUUUGCAAAUAGCUGAGUGAAACCCAUGCUACAGUGCAACUCAAAAGUCUGAACAGAAGCAGAGCAAUUUUACAAAGAGCCAGCAGCAAAACUUUUGUCUUUUUCCUUGUUUGAACAGGUUGACUUUACAAAUAAGUAGCUGUAGUACAUGGCCGCAUUUACUGUGCGUGAACUAAAAUCGAUGCAAAAAUGAGUUUUUUCUGCCUGCCUAACUGAGGAAUUAAACAGGUCGACCCAGCUGCAGUGGAAGUGGGAGCACAGCAGGAGAAACAACGAAUUCUUACUUCAGUGAAUUCCGUUUAAUUUCAUUAGAGCAGUGUCAAAAGUUAUCUUGACAGAAGAAAACAUGCUGUAGCAUGUUAGAGCUUUCAAGUGUUGUCUUGUCAACUAAUGAACAACUAACAACAUCCCUGUUACAGUUUUCCUGAUGAGAUCUGCAGUUUGAUACUGAAGCUCAAUUAAAGGAAGACUGGAAUAACUAAACUUUGUUAGAACUUUUCAUUUCAUAUUUUCCUUCUUUUUAAGAUGGCUUAUCUCAGUGUUUCUGAAAAUGUAAAUGGUACCGAUGACUGUUGUGACGGCUGAUAUUGCUUUCUGCAAUCCUUUUGGAAUUCUAACAAUGGCAAUGAAUUACAUUUCCUAUUAAAUACAAGCUGUUUCAUCAGUUA